AACGUCCAACGUCAAGCCAACUUUACGCCAGUCCGUAGGUUAGAGUUGUUGCUAUGGUGACGGUUGCGCGUGCUGUGGAUAAGGGCGGGUUUCUAAGUGCUGCUUAUAAACACUUCUCACCUACAGCUUUCUAAGGAGCAGCUUCCUGUUUCGUCAUGAUUUCCACUGAGGCGCGGAUGAAAACAUUUCAGAGAUCCACAGGCUCCAGGUCUCAGAGACAAACUCCCAACAAAGUCCCGCUUAUUAAACCGCUGUUUACACCGAACAGCCCGGAUUGCACUGAGGCUACGAGGCAUCCUAACCUUCCCCGUGUCAUAAACCUGCUUCAGGAUCCUAUAUCAUGCUCUCUGAAAGAACGGCACAUCUCCGCCUUGAAGCGAGUGGUGAAGAUAUCCCAGAAUGGCUAUUUUCUCAGAGACCUCUCGGACGUCUUUCGGAUCCUAAACAUCUGUGCGGGUAAAUGGGAAGAGCACCCCGAAUAUGCUCCCUUGCUGCGUGACCUCGUAUACAUAUGCAGGUGUCCCUUCUUAAAGGAGAAGGCGUCUGACGAGAUGAACUACGCCAGCGUUGUGACGGACUCGCUCUCUCAGAUGGGUUAUCUGAUGCGGGUGUCAAACGCAGAAGUCCAAGAGCAAAUCUGUUCUUCCAUCAUAUCACUUUAUAUCAGCCCUGACAAACCAAAGCACUAUAGAGAUGGUGUGUGUCCCACAAGCCUGGUGUACAGGCGUGAGAUGAUAGAGCGCAGCGGGCUGGCCGAGACUCUGCUCAUGUCACUGGCUAUCCUGGAGAAGCAGCUGUCAGUCAAACUGCACACCCUACAGGCAGUGCAGAUCCUCUCCAGGUCUUCUGCAGUGAACUGUAGUUUGAUCCUGAAAGCAGACGGAGCUCAGAAGAUCUGCUUCCACAUGAACGAGCCGGAUCCGUCCGGUCAGGUGCUGUUCCGUUCCACAGAGAUCCUGUGGAACCUUUUGGAUAACGGCUCCAGAGAGGAAGUCAGCAAGCAGCUCAGCAACAUGGACUGCAUCAUGGUCCUGAAAGAGGCUUUCUUGCAUCAUCUUCUCACCGGCUUCCGACAAUAUGACCGGCAGCUUCGCAACGACCUUCUAGUAAUUACGACCUUGAUUGCAGAAAACCCCAGUGCCCCGCUAAUCGAGAGUGGGUUUGCUAAGCAGCUCAUCCUUUUUGCUACUGUUCCCGAGUUGAGGAGCCAUAGCCCACUGAUCCGAAACUUCAAGCUGACCUUCACUAAUGAGGACUUUGAGAUGAAGAAGCUGCUGCUGAACCUGAUUGUUGUUCUGUCCAGAGAUCUGGCAGCUGUACAGCUGUUUAAAGAGAGCCGUGUGAUGCUGGCUUUGAUGCUGCUAGUUCGGCCCGGUUACUCUGAGAUCAGGCGAAGCGGGAAAGCCCGGCGCAGUUGGACGUCCAUCCAGCAGGAGGAGCUGCAGCUGCAGGCGUUGGCUGCUCUGGCCACAGUGGCGCCGCUCAUGCUAGACGAGUACAUGGCCUGUCAGGCCAACACUUGCCUGCUCGUGCUUCUGGACUGGUGCACACAAAAAGGAACUGACUCCAUCUUUGGCCAUGGUCAGGGUUUCCAUGGCAGCGGAAGUCGAAGUGGGAGGAAGGCUCAGAUGCGUUACUGCAUCCGGCUGCUCCGCUGCAUGGCUUCACUUAGUAACAGCCUCAUCAACCAGGACCUCUGUGACCAGGGAGCCAUCAGCCAACUCCUUGGCUUGCUGAAGCGCUUACAGGAGACAACGGAGGAAGAGGACGCCGUGUCAAUUGAGAUCCAGACCGACAUACUGGUCACUCUGUCCAGCCUCUGUGAAGGAGACAUCCAUAGGAAGGAUUUGUUUGGAGCAGAGGGCGUAGAGGUGACGGUUCGUUAUCUGAAAAUGGACCCGGCUCAGUUGUACAGCGGCCUGGGACACAACAGACUGGUUCUGUCCGCUGUGGACUGUGUGUGGUCUUGCAUUGUCGGUUGUUACACCACAGAGGAUUUGUUUUUGGAGAAGGAGGGAGCAUUUCUCUUACUCGACUUCAUCCAGUCGAGCCCCAGGAGCAUGCAGAGUGUUGUGCUGGCGGCGCUGCUGGAGCUGUGUGACAACCCCAAAACGCUGACACAUGUUGAGAUCUGGAGGGGCGAGAAAGAGCUCACGGCUCCGGUCCUGCUCCUGCAGCUCUGGAGGAUGGAAGAGGCGGAGAUCGGAGUCAAGAGAGACCAGCAUGGCCGAAUCGCUGAUGAGAAGAAGCCCCUUCUGACGAUGUAUCAGGAACAGGAGCCGCUGGAGUCCGUACCAGCAAACAGACCAAGCGCUGCCAUUAUGGACGUCUCUGAAAACCUGCGUGCCAAAAUCUACGCCUUUUUCUGCAGACUAGGCUUUGAGGAUCUGCCAGGUCUGACUGCUGAAGACUCCAUCACCUUGAGCAUUGUGAGCGGUUACCUGGACUUUAAGGUAGCCGAGGUGUGGAAUGAAGUCACGGCUGAGCUGGAGCUGGAAGGGGUGAGACCUGUCAGUCCGGAUGCAGAGGCUCUCAGCACCAUCGCCCGGUCGAGCGAAGACAAAGUCAAACACGUCUUCUCGUUGCAGCAGAGCAUUGUGGACCGGAAAGAGCAGGAGGACCUUCACCAGGAGAAAUAUGCAUAUGAAGAGAUCAGGUUAAACCGAAAGCAGCAAGAGCUAACAGCCAAGUCCUGGGAGCAUCACGUUGCUAAGACUUCCAGCUACGAGAUUUUGAAGGAGUCAAAGCUGCUGCAGGAGAGAUCUAUUGAGUCAUCACGUCCGACAGAGAAACCAGAGGGUUUUAUUUUCCACUCCACUCAGAUCCCUGGCCUGCAGACUACUAAUUUCUGUGGCCGUGUGUUGGCGAUCGACAGCACCCCUACAGAGCUGACUGGGGGACCCCUGGCAAACACAGACCUCGCCCUAGAGAGGGUCCCUAUUCAGGGUGGAGCGCUGAGGAAAGUGUCGGCCUCCAACUCGGACCUGGAGUUUCCAAACACUGUCAGUGUCAAAUGACUGGAUGUGGAGCACAAGACUGCAGUUAAUGUAACAGCUCUGUGACCUCUGUGAACUGGCAUCUCACAUGAUGCUCACAUUCACUUAGAUAUUUAAAGGUUUAUUAAUCAGUUGUACCACGUUGUACCAAGUGAAGUAAAUCCGUACAGCACUGA